GCCUCUUGGAUCAGAAAUACAGAAAUCAUCUCAUUUACAAAGACUGCGAAAGAAGGAGAUUCACUGCCACGUAUUACGGCAGGUUUAUUGUACACGAACGAAGUGGAGCUCUGAAAAACGGGGACGAAUGCAGAAGCCAUCGCGCUCUCCCCGGGAAAGUCGCAGCGCCGCGAGGGAUGCAGCUGUGUGAACCAGCGUUGGGGACGCGGUGCGACGAUCGCUCGCUCGCUCGCUCGCUCGCUCCCUCCCGCACGCGCUGCUCUGCGCAGCUCUUAUCUACACCCGACAGGCGCGUGGUACCGCUGUCCAGUGCGCUGUAUCUCACGCGCACGAUCGAGCCGAGCCGAAACUCGCAGCACAAAGAUACCAGCGGACGCCUCUGCCCCGCCAGUUAUGCGACGGCACGCGGAGCGUCCACGAGCCUUCAGUUCUGCAAGGUGAGGGAAGAUGAUCAGACUGAGACAGCUCGCGCCGUGGGCGCUUCUGCUGGUGUUCACGUGCUGCCAGAACGCUUCCCCGGGCCUCUGGGAUGCAGGCUUGGAAAAGAAAGCGGAUCUGCUGAUGCGCGUGGAGCACGAGGAGCCCCGGUGCUUCGCGGAGGGGAUGCGGGACCUCACGUGCUUCUGGGAUGAGGCGGACGGCGGGACCCCCCACCUCUACAGGUUCACUUACACAUACGAGAAUGAGGAGAGCAAUGAGUGUGUCGUCGAGUCCCAGCAAAGAGAGGGAUCUGAAACGCGCUACUUCUGUAAGCUCCUGAAGGUGCAGCUGUUUGGGUUGCUGGACAUCCGAGUCUAUCGGGGAGAAACUCUGCUCUACAACCGCAACCUCUUGAUCAACCUUGUCUUCCUGCUGGAUCCCCCAGCCAACCUGACAGUGACAAGGACAGGGAAACCAGGGCAGCUCAAGCUGAGCUGGCUACCCCCUCCACUGAAGUACAUGGAAAACAGCAUGAUGUACGAGGUCAGCUGCACCACUGCAGGGAGCCGAAUGGAGAAGGUCGUUCAAGGCAACACGGAGUUCACUCUGCGAAGCCUACGCCCUGGUACGGAAUAUGCGAUUCAGGUUCGAGUCAAACCUGAUGGUCUUACUUAUGAUGGCUACUGGAGCGACUGGACACUGCCGAUUUCUAUGAGGACACUCCCGGAUGAUGCAGACCCACUCAUCCUGUCCUUCAGUGUCAUCAUUUCCUUCAUCCUUGUCCUGUUGUCUCUCACCAUAUUCCUGUCCUAUCGCAGGUUUCUGAUAAAGAAAAUGUGGCCGCUUAUACCAAGUCCAGAAAACAAGUUCCCGGGUCUCUUCACAGUCUACGGAGGAAACUUUCAAGAGUGGUUGGGCCAUAGCAGCGGAGGCUUGUGGCAAAGACCUGGCUUCUUUUACUUGGAGGAACUUCCAGUCAUGCUUGAGGUGCUCUCUGAAGCCACCAUGAGCCCCCCUGUUCAGAUUCAGCCAGGGGACUCCAGGGCGCCCGGUCUCUUGAAGGAGACAACACAAGAGAAUGAGGACGAGAUGCUUCCGAAGGCUGACUCAGGGAUGGAGAAGAAGUGGGACCCGGAUCUCCAGGAAAACUGGCUGAUGGACCAGUUUCAAGUGCUCCAGCAAAGCUCCACCCCACCUUCCCAGUCUUCACUGCUUGAGUCCAAGGAUGCCUAUGUCACCCUCAGCCAGAACUUUGAUCAACACCCCGGAGAAGGGAAACUGGAAGAUAUUUCAGAGGAGUCUUUACCUCUGCAUGUCCUUUUUGGGACCACUGAAACCUCCACAUCCCACCCAGACUUAGGGUCCCUUCCACAGAGCUCUGGGUCAAGCCAGCUCUCCUCUCAGUCCAGUUUUGAGUAUCCCCACAACACCUGGCCUUCAAAAAGCCUCACUUAUGCCUGCCUUACUAUGGCAGAUUCCGGCAUCUCCACGGACUACAGCUCUAUAAGUUCCAGCAGAACCGGGAUGGAGUGCAUCUACACCAAUGACUACAAGAACCAAAUGCCUAAAGAAAGGCAGCCUCUUGCUACUCCACCGACCCACACUGGUUGCUGGGUGCAAGAACAACACAAUUCUUCUCCAACAUAGUAAGCCUGGGAAACAACUCAGCUUUCAGACCAACUCCAUGAUAGCUUGGAACAGAUGGAAGAGUUACGAGUCUAUGAGAGCACUUAGUGCCGUGGAAAGUAUGGUUCAUCUUCAUGUUUUCUACAUAUUUUCAAAUGGGGAGGUUAAGGCACAGCCGUUCCUCACAACUCAGUCAUUCCAAGACCUUGAAUGUAAAUAUAUGUAUUCUGAGAGACAUGAUGCAGCAGGUGGAGCUGUACACUCUGUGGACACAGGAGACCGUCUCCCUGACUCAGCUCUACAUUUCCCUAAAUUUGUGGCAGCUGUUUAUGAACGCAACACAAAUACUGUAAAGCUGAUGCAGGAAAUGUCAAUUUUAUUUCUAAAAAUGUAUAAUUUACCAUGAAAUGUGUAAAUGACUAUUUUGUGAUUAAAAGUUGUGUUUCAUAAUUUUUGUAUACUUAGAAGGUAUAUGGGGCCCAUAAUCUAUCUUGCCAGCUGUAACACAAUUUUCAAGAUACGUUUUGUAGGUUGACAGGGACUUUUUCCCAUUUAUUUUUUUAACUGAACAGUUACGAUUGUAGUGUUCCCAGAAAUAACUAUGUUCUACUGGCAUCGUUUGUAAAACUGUUAUGGGUCUUCAAUGAAUAUUACCUUUUUCUGUCUUUCGAAAUGUAAAAAUAUGUUUCGAGCAGAAAGGAAUUCUCUUUAAUAUCGUUAAGGAGUUUUGCAUUAGCAGUAGUAGAAAUAGUAUGACAACAGGACAAUCUGCAAAAUUAGCACAUCUUUACUACAUUGUGUUCUUGCUUUACAUCCUUUCUGUUGCAAAAGGGGCUUUUAGUGCAUCCUUUUUAAGUUUGUGUUCUAUGCAUUUAUCAAUGAAAUAUCAAA